CGCUUUCAACGCGUGGGUAUUCAAACAAGCCUAAAUGCGCGGUCUGUUCAUUCUACGAGAGAAAAGUGGGGUUUUGUUUAGGAACAAUCCUGCAAAUAAUCCAAGAGGUGAAAUUCUUUCAAUAUGCUCUUCGAAAUCCGAUUCAACUGGUAACGGUAGAUCCACAAUAUCAAAUCAGAUAUCUGCUUAUCAUUUUUCUCCGGGCGGCUAUAAAUUAUACUUUGCAUUAAAUUCAGGUGAUUUAUACUGCUUGGACUUUGCGAAGAACUGGUAUCAAUUAAUAGCUUCGUUGAAUCGUGGUAUUACAUAUAUAUGUUUAUGCGAACCACGUGGAUAUGUCCUUCUGGGUUUGAAUGAUAACAGCAUCAGAAUCUUAGACGAGGGUAACAUUUUCGCCAUUUUCUGGUUUUCCUGUGGAAGAUGUGUUGCUAACUUGUUGCUUUGUUUCUCUUCAAUAUCAGGAUAUUUUUUGGAUGAAAAUCAUAUCAACGUACGAUAUUUGCUCAUUCAGAAGUGUAGUACCGUUGUCCUAUAUUCCCAUAUUAUCCAAAAACAAUCAAUCUAUGCCCCAGAAAAUAGUCAUAAUUUCGACUGAAAAUGAUAUGACUUGGUGGUUAAUCAUUACAAACAAUUCAAAUUUUUUUUGUCAAGUCCUAACUAUCUGAGUUUCACAACUUUGUGUUAUGUUUUGUGCACAUGAUUCCGUUAAGCUUUACUAUUCCUCAUUAUAUAAAGUGUAAAAUUGUGCAGCUUUCAAUAUUAAGUAUAAAUAUAUCCUUCAGGAAUGAUAUAUUUUCGAAUUAAAGUUGCAUAAUAUCGUGACAUGCCUUCAAAGAACCCAUAUUCCGGUGUAGUUCGAUCAGUUCAGUACUGAAUACGCGUAGCAGUAUUGUCUAAACGAUUUGAGCAAAAAUAGUGUAUCGCAUUAGCUAAAACGUGUUAGAUAUCUUAUCUCAGUAGCUUUUUGGACAAGGCUAUGGAGUGUACACUGGUUGGUACUACGUUUUUACAAUCAGCUGACUAACCUUCAGUAAAAUAAAACUUGUGUCUUGAAUUUGGCUUCUAACCACUAUCAGAAUAUUUAAUCAGUAUAUAAAAAGAAAGUAAUAUCGAUGAACUCGUGUACCGACAGAGACCAGAUAUUGUUACUUUGAACACCAGUGAAGCGAAAAGCGAAGUCUGUCCAUUUAUUACCAUUAUAUUUUAUCUUUAGAGUCCGGAAAAGAGAUUAGUUCUUUGAGUGGUCACACGUACAGAAUCUCUUAUAUAUCAGUUCAACCAGUUUCUGGUCGUUAUGGAUUAUCUACUGCCCUAAGUGAAACAAUAUUAUGGGAUCUCGACACUAGCACAUGUCGUUGCAGGUUACAUAUUGGCCAAAAAGUGAACAUGGUAUCAGUAACUUUCAUUCCACCUCGUGGUGAGCAAAUUGUAUCCUGUUUUCAAGAUGGAUCCAUUUAUGUUUGGAGUACAGAUUCUCUUCAGUGUUUGUUAAGGCUUAGUAACAGUGAUUAUCCGAAUCAACUGUAUAGAACAAUUACAUUUAGCAGCAAAGGUCGUUAUUUAUUUGCAGCUGGUCGUUCACCAUUUGUCUACUUAUGGGAUUUAAAAGGAUAUGUAAACUGUUUAAGUCAAGACAGUCCAGAUGUAGAUUAUUCCAAUUCAAAUAAUCGGUUUUUACGAGAGUUAAUUAAACUUCCUGAACCAAUUAAAUCAGUUCGUCGAAUUGAAUGGAUCCCUAAAUCUUGUUUGAUUGAUUUUAACCAAUUUUACCAUGAUUCUAUGAUAUGUGAUGAGUUAUCUGGUCUACUACUAUUACUUGGCACUGAUAAACGUUUACGUCUUUUGAUACGAACCCGCGAAAAUUCUAGAAAAUCAUUAGCUUGCACAGAAAAUUUGCCAAAGCAACAACUGUCAAAGAACUCAACUCCUAUCUAUUGGAAAUGCUUGUUUACAUUUGGAUGUGGCUCAUUAGAAGACCCACUCUUAUCAUCAUUUAGUUUACCGGCUUACAGUAUUUUAGAUCUCUCUGAUUGCCAGGGAAAGGAACGGAAUAAAUCUUUCAAUUGUCAUUCACUAUUGGCUAUUCUUGAUGAUCAUGGCUUAUUACACAUAAAUGAUCUUUCAAUAGUAAUAAGCUUCCUCAAUAGUUCAUCAAUACCUGUAAUUAAAGUGAAAAAUGAGAUUUCAAAUGAAAAGUCUUCUCUCAAGCACAUAGAAAACAAUACGAGAAACGACUUUCCAACUUUUAAAAUGUCUACAAGUUAUAAUAAACAUAUAUGUACAACAAAUCCAGGUCCAUUACACAAAAAAGACCCUACCAAUGGUUUUUUGGAUCGCAAACGUUUACGUUUAUUACUUAGAGAAUUUGGGAAAUUUCCAAAUAAAUAUCGGUUAUUCAUUUGGCGUUCCGUUUUGCAAAUCCCAUGUAAUACCCAAGCUUUUAGCAUUCUACAGAAGAAAGGUAUUCAUCCAGCUUAUGAUUUAUUAUCUACGCGAUAUCCUAUGCGGAGUCAAAGAUUGUUGAAAGCCCUGCAAAAAACUUGUUCGGCAUUGGCUUAUUGGUGUCCAUUGUUUGGUGAAACAGAUUGGUUACCGUUGUUUGUUUUUCCUUUUCUAAAAUUACAUCAGAAUAAUCUGUUGCAUGCAUUUGAAGUUGCAGCUACAGUACUGAUCAAUUGGUGCGGUACUUGGUUCGAAUUUUUCCCAAACCCCCCAAUUAAUAUUCUUUGCAUGAUUGAAAAUAUUAUCGCUUACGCGGAUCCAGAAUUGUAUCGUCAUUUUGUGCAAUAUAACAUUACGACCGAGAUUUAUGCUUGGCCGCUUCUGCAAACUGGUCUAAGUGAAGUAUUUAAUGAAGAUGAAUGGUUUUGUCUCUGGGAUUCAUUAAUAUGUUAUUCACCUAGUCUAUUACUUGCUGCGGUUGCAAGCUAUUCUAUCUGCGCUCGAGGACCACUUCUUAUGGUUCAGAAUACUGAUACAUUUGAAGCAUACUACCAUAGUCAAAGUACUUUACCAAUAUCAAAUAUUAUUGAGCGUGCUCAUCAAUUACUUACUUCAAUACCUUCAGAUAUACAUCCAGAAAAAUUGUUGUCUUCGCUUAUACAAACGGAUACUCAAAAUAAAAACAAAGAAAAUACUUGCCUAUCUUUUCAACCACUGACAAGUCCAUACUAUCCAAUAAUCACUCGUUAUCCUAAAUUCAUUGUAAAUUAUCAUAUACAAGAACGUGAACGUAUACGAGAGGAAGAAAAAGAAUAUCUCAGGCAAAAAGCUACGAUCGAAGAUAUGCAACGUCGAGCUCAAUUAAUGACGAAUGAAGAACACAAUUGGUAUCGCCAGCAGCAGUUACUUUUAGAUGCUGAGGACCAUCGAAGGACGUUAUUAGCUGAAGAAGAAAAUAAGCUACGUGAACAACGGAAAAGAUUAAGUGCAUUGAUUCGCGAAGUGAAAUUACAUGAAUUAAGCUUAGCUGAAGAAUCUCGUUGUCAUUUUAGACAACUCGAUAUUCGACGUCGCCAAUGUGAAUUAAACAAGUUAGAGCAAGAGUUAACUCGAUUGACUAAUUGCCGUAUCGAUGAAAUAGAUGCAGCUACUUACGCUGCAGAAUUAGCUGACUUACGGGAAAAACUACACCAGAGGCGUGCAGAAACUUUAGCUAUCAUAAAUGAGCAGCUACAAUCACGUGAUAGAAAUCAACCACCAAACAAAGAAUGUCUUUUUCUAACAAGCUCUCCAGAUACCAAUGAUUCAAUUACACAUGAUAGAUAUCUUGAGAGAAAUGUUAAUGAAGUUCAUUCACACAGUCCAGACUACGUGAAAACGUCAGUUGAUUCUGAUGUGGCAAAGUCAAACCUAAAACGUAACAGUUCGUAUAAUAAGUUCAACGCAAUAACAAUGUUCCCCUUUACUUCGACCAAACUCGGAACACAAACUGUCAAUUGAUCCCAGUAUGAAAUCUAUUCAUAUGCUACUCACUUUUGGAAAUUAUCAUGAAUGAUCAACAAACAUUUAUCUAUGUUUCAGUCAUUUCCAAACUUCGCUGUAUUCGAGACAGCAUUAAUAACUAAUAUUCUUGUUUCAAGUAUGUUAAUAUUUUCACACCAUAUUUACAUAUCGAUAUGUUCAUCAAUAACUCAAAUUGUUCGACGUUUCUCUAACCUCUUAAAAAUGUAUAAAUAUAAAUAGCUUUUUAAUUG